AGACUGUUGCAUUGUAGCAACGACCAGCAACAGCUGAGUGAGCGGCAGACACUGAGCAGGGAAAGUGUACAGCUGUCUGUCACCUUUACCACUUCACUCUUGUUGUGCCCCAGUCUCUGACGUCUUGGCUACAGCAUGUCGUUCAUUCUUAUGAAGAAAAAGAGAUUUAAAUUUAAAGUAGACUUUGACCUGGAAGAGCUGUCAUCAAUUCCCUUCGUAAACGGAGUUUUAUUUUGUAAAGUAAGACUCCUGCAUGGAGGUUUUGCUGAAGAGUCGACUCGGGAGCAGGUCCAAGCCAACUGUGUUCACUGGAAGAGAAGAUUCUCUUUCAUAUGUAAAAUGAGUGCCAAUGCUGUGACAGGUGUACUGGACCCCUGUGUAUGCCGGGUGUCUGUGCGUAAGGAAUUGAAGGGUGGCAAAACCUUUGCAAAGCUGGGCUUUGCUGACUUGAACCUGUCUGAGUUUGCUGGAUCCGGCAGCACGACGCGGCGAUGUCUCCUGGAGGGUUACGACACCAAGAACACGAGACAGGAUAACUCAAUUCUAAAGGUUAUCAUCACCACACAACUGAUGUCUGGAGACCCCUGUUUCAAAACUCCUCCAUCUACAGCAAUGACGCUGGGAAUCCCACAGGUUGAAGCUGAGUGUCUCCUGGAGGACAGAAAGGGAGGAGACAUGCACAUAUCUCCCUCACUCACUGAGACUCCAAUGAAGUCGGUCUCAGUCCCAGACGAGUUGGUUGUGUAUGGUCACUCGAGAACACCCAGCUAUGCAAGUCAGAAGUCAAAAAUCUCAGGUUACAGCUCAAAUCACUCCAGUUUAACAGACCUGAGCCACCGGAGGAGUGCGUCAGGAGGUUCUGCCUCCACAGGCAUUGGCAGCAUCCUGGAUCCCAGUGAUCCACAGGGGGAGAGAGGAGAGAGGGAGAGCAGGACGACUCCCCCAGUCUCUGCAACAGGCCAGCAUAUACUUGAACAACCCACUACCCCUGCUAAAGGCCCAAGACAUCCGGUGAAGCAGAACUCCGUGGAGAAUCAGCUGAAGAGAGUUGAUGCCACAAGGGUGGAUGCUGAUGACAUAAUAGAGAAAAUCCUCCAGAGCCAGGAUUUCAGCCACGGCUUCUUGGACUCCAGUGCAGAGGAGGAGGGGCUCCGUUUGUUUGUUGGUCCUGGUGGGAGUACAGCCUUGGGAAGCCAACACACAAGGGUCGCAGCUGGAGCUUUUGAACAGGUGGUGAUCAAGCGCUAGCCUUUGGAAAGCACUUGUCUGUCAUUAAGGGUGCUGUAUUUCACUGACACGGGCGGGGGGAGUAAAGACUGAGUAUUGGAGAUGCCAUCAGAACUUGCUGCCGCCAAACUCCAGGACUUAUUUCUCUUACACAAUCCCUCUGGAGCUGAACCCCUACUGCCUGUUGACCAGGAGAGCCCCCUAGUGUCGAAGAAGUUGAAGUGAAAGCGACAUUAUUGGAAAAUUAUGGUGACUGAGAUGAUGUACCAACAUUUCUGCUUGUGCACAUUGAAGACUAAAGGAAUACUGCUGUUUUGUUGCACAUUAUGUUCACCCAUUAGUGAUAUUAGAGCUGUUGAGUAAAUCUGUUAAUCUUAUUUCAUAAAAACUAUGAUUUAUUUCUGUAUGAUAGAUUUAUUUUAACAAAGCAGAAAACUAAAACAGUGUCAUUUAUAAGCUUCCUGGCACCAAUAGUCCAUAACAGACUAUCACCUCUGUUCACCUGGCUGUGAGGGAGGAUGGCUGCAUACAAGAUACCAUGACGUUUUAUGUGUUUUGUUCUAGGUGUGGUAUCUAUUUUUGUUUGAGCGUGUGUUUGUCUGAUGUCUGUAAAGUCAAAAGUAAUUGUUUGUUUUUGGGGGUUUUUUUUACCUCAAAUUUUGUUAAAUUUCCAAAAUUAGUUGCAUUUCUAGCUGCAACAUGAGUAGUCAAAGCCUUAAUAUGUAUUGAAAGUGAACUGUGUACACUCCCUAAUGUAUUUAAGAUAUCCUACAUUGUUGAAACGUUCUGAGGCCCUCAGUGGGGUAUUUAUUUUUAAGAUUACUGACUGAUCAUUUAAAAUUAUUUGGUGGCAUAAAAACAUGCUAUUUUGAUAACUCAUGUGUUCUGUGCUGUAUUUGCUCAUGUUUCAAUUAAAGGAGUGUGGAAUUAUUUUUUACUAGCA